GGCUGCAGAUUCGGUUGCGAUGGAGACCGUGUCCCUGGAGCACCAGAUCCAGAGUGUGCAGAGGCACAUCGCCUUCCUGAAGAAGGAGCAGAUGGAGCUGCUCCACGGCCUGCACCUGGAGAUCCUCCGCCUGCAGAAGCACUGCUCAGAGCUGACCCACGACCUGGAGAUGAAGGAGCUGGAGGCCCGCCAGCAAGACGCGCUGGACCGGGAGCUGGAGGAGAAGUGCCGAGCGAUGGAGGCUCAGCUGCAGGAGAAGGAGAAGGACAACCUGGAGCUGCGCAAGGAGCUGCGGCACAAGGAGACUCUGGUGGCCGCGCUGCGCUCCAGCCUCCGCAGCAAGGAGCGGCGCUUCCUGGAGGAGCUGAAGCGGCGCAGCCACCGAGUCACCAUCCUCGACACGGAGCUGCAGAAGCAGACGGAAGCGGCCGCCUACCUCUCCCUGCAGCUGCACGCCACCUCCCAGCGCCUGCCAGGCCCCCGCAGCGGCGGCCGGCCGGCCCCCGUGCAGCCCCCGGCCGAGGGCGGGCCGCCGCGCCGUGGCCACAGGGUACAUCCGCGGCGCCCGGCCGGGGUCGGCGCCCGGCCCGGGGACCCCGCGCGCGAGGAGCACGACGCCAUGCCCGACCCGGCCCUCUUCCUCUACGCGGCGCGGCCGCCCGCCCCGCAGCGCCAGUCACCGCUGGAGCCCCCCGCCGAGCCCCGGGGCGCUGCCGCGGCCCCCCGGGCGCAACGGCUGCCCCAGCCGCCGCCGCAGAAGCCCGUAGCCGGGGCUCGACCAGCCAAGGGCGAGGCCGGCAAGCGGCCGGGGCCCGGGCCACGCGGUGCCCGCGCCCGGGAGUAA